GGAUAAUUUAUUUUUCGACAGUUUUACUUUUCUGAUACAAUAUCAUUCUAUUGAAAUAUGUUCGUACUUUAUACGCGUCCCCCACAAAUAUGUGCAAGUCACCCUAUCUUUUCUAUUGCAGUGGUAACACUGCUUAUUUUGUAAUAUUGAUUACUCUAAAGUAAUAUUAUGUUAAGUACACCACCAUUGAAGUAAUAAAAAGUAUUGUGUUUGCACAUAGUGAGUUUAUAUUCUCCCCAAGUUUCAUUUUUAUUUUGUAUUAUAUAAAUUAUAACUUAAAUCGUUUCUCUUAUAAUAACAUAAAACAUAACUUAUAAUAUUGCGCAGUUGAGGGUACGUGCAUUAUAAGUACGGAGAAACUGGAUAAAGAAUUAAGAACAUGGAGGUCAAUAAGCCAUCUCCUCUAAAAAUGACUGGUAAUUUAAUUGAAAACUUUAAACUGUUUAAACAAGAGCUUCAAAUUUUUUUUGAUGCAACUGAAUUUCACACGAAGAAAGAAGCGACUCAGGUGGAGAUCCUAUUAAACAUGCUAGGACCAGAUGGUUUGAAAGUAUACAAUACACUUGAAGGGAAAAAAGAAACAGUGGGUGAAAUUUUAAAUGCACUGGAAAUUUAUUGUAUUUCCAAAACAAACAAACUUAUGGAACAUUACCAAUUUUUUACACGUAAACAAGGUGCUGAAGAACCCUUUGAUAAUUUCUACACAGAUUUGAAACAAUUGAUCAAAACGUGCCGUUUUGAUCAAUGUGAAGAGGAUUUAUUGAAGGUUCAAAUUGUGCUUGGUAUUUCAAACAAGAAUGUCCAAACUAGUUUGUUAAGCAAGGACCUCCCACUUGAAAAAGUGGUUGAUUAUUGUCGUUCUGAAGAGCAAACUGAGAACAACAGAAGAAUCGUUCAGGAAAUCAAUACUCAUUUAUUGUUCAGUAUUGAUACAAGUGAAAAUACAGAAUCUGGAACAAAUUCAAACAAUCAGUCAACACAGAAUGCAAAUUCUAACCCGCCAGGUUAUAAAAAAUUUAAAUAUAUUAAAGCUUCUUUUAAAAAAUGUUAAUUAUAUUGUAAAUAAUUGUACUCUGUGUGGUAAAGAUCAUAAGAUUAACAUAUGUUCAGCAUAUGGAAAACAUUGUGGUUAUUGUGGUUAGUUAAAUCAUUGAAAAUUAUGUGUAAGAACGAGAAAAAAGAUGUUAGUGGUAAAAAACAAGUUAACUGUAUAGAAAAUAUUAAUAAUACAGAAAAUUAUGUUUCUUUAGAUGCGCUUGAAAUUAUGAAUGCUAAUAAAGAGAGUAAAACUAAUAGAUCAUGGAUUGGAAAAAAUGUAAUUCAUGAAUUUAAAACUUUAAUAAAACUUAAUACUUGUGCAGAGCUUAAUGUUAUGUCUGUUGAAUGAUAUGGUGAAUUAAAAAUGUGACUCUAAACAAUAUUAAUGUUGUUAUUAAAUCAUUUGAAAGAUAUUUGACGAGAUCUAAAGGAAAUAUUUCAGUUGAGCUGAGAAAUGGCAAUUAUAAGUGUAAUAAAGUAUUUAAAUUUGUAGAAUAUAAUGGUAAGCCAUUACUAAAUUAUGAAGCUUGUAUUGAUUUAAAUUUAAUUUAAAAAAAUUUCUUUAAUAAACUUAAAAGCAUUUUGAAUUAACUACCUACGUUAAAUAAUUACAAUAUAAAUGAUAAGUUUUCAAUGCAAGAUGAUAGUCUGGGAAAGCACUAGGUUAAUGUCUUUUUCAAAACAGCAGACUCGUAUAUUAUGUUUCAAGAUGUUUGAAUUACUCAGAGCAAAUGUAUGCACAGGUAGAGGAAGAUGCUAGCCAUAGUUUUUGCUUGUGAAAAGUUCCAUAAGUUUAUAUAAGGCCAAAGUGAAAUAACAAUAUUUACAGAUCAUUAACCAUUAAUCUCGACAAUGAAAAACGAAAUUAAUAAAAUACCAAACAACAAGUUAAGACCAAUGAGAAUUAAAUUAGUCAUAUAUAAUACUAUAGUUAACUACUGUCCUUGCAAAAAAAAGUAUAUAGUAGAUUUACUUAGUAGAAAUUAUACUGAAAGAGAAGGAAAGACUAAUAAUUUAUUGAAAGACAUAGUACAUGAGUUGUGUAAAGUUUCUAUACAAUUUAAAAAUAAAGAGAGUUUGUCGAUGCAACAGCUAAGACUUCAGUCUUAGGUCAAAUUGUACAGUUUUUGGCCAAAAAAGUGUAACCAGCAAGGAGAAUUGAAGCAUUAUUAUAAACUACAAAAUGAGAUAAUAUUAGAGAAAGAACUUAAAUAUUAUGGAAUGAGGCUGUUAGUACCAAAACUUUUAAGAAAAUAUGUUGUGGAAAAACUUCAUUCUACACAUCACACAUCUAAGAAUGACAAAUCUAUAACUAGAGCUAAACAAUUAUUUUAUUUUAUUUUUUUUUAAUAAUAUUUGUUAAAUAUUAAUAUUAUGUAGUUUAUUGUCAUACAAAAGAGCAAACAUAAUAAUUUAUUGAUGAAUUUACAAGUAUGACACCCUUCAAAAAAACCAGCUUAUGACUGGACGGUGAAUUCUUAAGAUAGUUACAAAAAUCAAACUAAGUUAAAUAUAAUAUCUAGUACCUACAUAAUUAUAUAAAUUAAAAGUGCAUAUUGUAAUAUUAAAAAAAAUAGUAGAAAACAUAACAAGUGAUAAAUAUAACAUUAUCAUAUUUCACUAUCAUUAAAAAAUAAUGUAUAGAAAAGUUUAUUAAUUUAUUAAAUUAUAAGAUCAUUAAAAUUAAUUGAACAAAGAUAUUUUUUGAAAUAAGAAAAAUUAUGAAAAUUAAUGUUAUUAAUUAAACAAAAAUAGUUCUAACAAAAGGAAAGUUGGUGUUGACAUUUUGUUUAUGACAAGUAUUAUAAUUAUGAGAUGGAGGAUUAAUUGUGUUUUUAUAUUUAAAGACAAUAGCACAAAGGUUUAAAAUAUAAUUUAAUUUUAUGUAAGAAAUUAGUAAUCAUUGUAAAGUAAAGAUGUAGAGUAAAACUUGGGCUUAUUAAAAAGAAAUUUAACUAAUGAAUUAAUUGUAGUUUGAAGUUUAUAAAAGUGUGAAUGAUAGGCAUUACCAUAAGAAGUUAAUGAAAGCAUGAGUGAUUUAAAGACAAUAGUUUUAAGAUUAUUAUUUAAGAUAUUUUUUAGAAAUUUAAAAAUAAAGAACUGUUUUUGUUAAUUGAGAAAUGAGUACAUCUCACUUUAAAAAUUCAUCGAAAUGAACAUCUAAAUAUUAAACUGUCGUGACCUUAGAAAUAUUAGGACAAGAACAAUGUAAUGAAAUAUUAUUGCAUUUAAGAAAUUAAUUUUAAUUUUAUCAACAUUAUAUGUGUAAUUUAUUGGCCUAGUAUGAGAACAUACAAGUUGAACAUUUUAUUAAUUCUUGUAGUUUCUGUCUAAAAUAUAGUUAAAGUGCCAAAUGUCAUGAGGUGCUAGACAUUCCUUUUUACAAAGUUGGCAUACAUAUAUAUGAAAAAAAAAGGAUUAAUUUUAUGUUUUUGUAAAAAAAGGGAGAUGUUUUAUGGUAUUACUAAACUUCACAGUAGUAAUAGUGAAGGUGAUAAUAUACACACACAAGUUCAGUUUCAUGUCAUUCUGCUCUUUAUGAGUAUCAAAUAAAUAGUGUCCAUAAGUUGUCAUUAAUUGUAACACAAUGUUAUUUGUAAUAAAUAAAAAGUUUUUAUAAAUCUUUAAUUAGUUAGUUUUUAGGUCAUUGCUUUAGGUACUUAGUCAAUUUACUUUAGUUAAAAUAUGUUUCAAAAGUUUUAUUUAAAAUGACAUAAACAAUAUUUUACAUAUUUAAUUCUCCAUAAACUAAUCAAAAAUAAUUUACAGGUUCAAAACAUUUCAAGAUUCCUAUCGGGUGGUUGGACUUUACUCCAUAUUCUACAAUAAUAGUUAAUAGAUUUUUGGCAUUUAAAACACCAUUGGAUAGUAAGUACAGAGUACCUAUGUCGCAUAUAUUCAAUAUAGAUAUGCUCUUCUCCUCAAUGGCUGAAAAAAAGGUAUAAAAUAAUAUUAAAGUAUUUAUUUAUAUUUUAUUAAAAAAAUAAUGGAAACAAAUGUAUUUGUCAUCAAAGAAAUUCAGAUUUAAUUAUUUGUAAAUUGAUUCACUGAUCUAAUAUAACUUUAUAACUACAUCAUGCCCAUAGCUUUUGGUUAGGCACCUAAAAAGGGUGAAAACAGAAAAACAAUUAUACUAAUGUGAGACAGACUAGUGAUCUAACUUAAUUAAGUGUUAAAACUGAAGGAAGUAAAAUAAAUAAGUUCAAAUAAUAUUCUAAUAAUAUUUAAUAUUCUUUGGACAUAUUAUAUUAAAAAAAUACAAACUGAAGCCUGUGUAUAACUAUCACAUAGAUUCAGAAAUUUAAUUUGUUUUUUUUUUUGAUAAUAAUUUAGAGAAAAAGGCAACCAGAUGAAAAUCACAAGAGCAAUAUACUAAAAUAUAUAUAACAUAUAAUUGUACACUAAAAUAUUUAUUAAAAUCAAAAUGAACCCUUAUAAAUUCUAAAAAUACACAUAAUUGCUUAGGCGAUUUAACUAUGUUCAUGCUAAAUAUAGUAUGAAUAGACAAAAAAUAUUUUUUAUUUUCAUUACUUAAUAAUUGUAGUAUCAACACAUAAAUAUUUCUUUGAUUAUAUUAUCUUCAGAUUCCUGUAUUCUUAAAUUGUAAAAUUAUUGAGAGUAUCAAAAUUAUCCCAAUGAUGUACAGUCUAUAUUAUAUUAAGUAAAUAUAUCAAAUUAUUUUAGGUUGAUUUAAGAUUAUGGAUUGAUCUGACAACUUCAAAUAAUUACUAUGAUCAGUUGGAAGUUAUCAAUAACAAUUGUCAUUACGUGAAAUUACCUUUAGUAGGUAAUGAAGAUCCACCUACUUCUAAAGAAGUAGAUUCAUUUUUAGAUAUUUGUCGGGAUUUUGUUAGUAGCAACCCUAACCUACACAUUGGUAAGUUAUAUUUAUAUUUUAUUUUUGGGAAAAUAUCUUGGUGGAUGGGAUAAAUAUCUAGUUUAAUAUUUAGUUGGAAUAUUAAAAGCAACAACUGCCAGUUAACAAAUCAUAAAUUAUUGAUACUUUAUUUUUUUCUAGGUGUUCAUUGUCACCAUGGUCUAAACCAGGCUGGAUUCUUAAUAAUCACUUGGUUGAUAGAAGUUUUACAUUAUAAUGUAAUUGAUGCCUUGCAAGAAUUCGCAGCAGCUAGGUAAAUUAUAAAUUUUACCAUUAUGAAAAUACAAGAUGAGGAAAUUAUAUUGUAUACAUUUUUGUAGAUCUCCAGGAAUUACCAAACAGCCAUACAUAAAUGAACUAUAUCGUAGAUAUGAAGUUAGAAGAAUCAACUACACUGACUAAGUUUAAACUUUGCUUUUAAGUACUAUAAUUCAAUAAUAUCCAUUUUUUUUUUUUAUAUAUUAUAAUUAGAUCAUUUUCUAUGAUAUUUUUAUUUAAAUCAUACAUAGAUGAACUAUAUCCUAGAUAUGAAGUUAGAAAAGUCAACAAAACUGACUAAGUUUAAACUUUGCUUUUAAGUACUAUAAUUCAAUAAUAUACAUUUUUUUUAUAUAUUAUAAUUAGAUAAUUUUCUAUGAUAUAUUUAAAUCAUACAUAGAUGAACUAUAUCCUAGAUAUGAAGUUAGGAAAAUUGACAACACUGACUAAGUUUAAACUUUGCUUUUAAGUACUAUAAUUCAAUAAUAUACAUUUUUUUUAUAUAUUAUAAUUAGAUAAUUUUCUAUGAUAUUUAUAUUUAAAUCAUACAUAGAUGAACUAUAUCCUAGAUAUGAAGUUAGGAAAAUCGACAAAACUGACUAAGUUUAAACUUUGCUUUUAAGUACUAUAAUUCAAUAAUAUACUUUUUUUUUAAUAUUAUAAUUAGAUAAUUUUCUAUGAUAUUUAUAUUUAAAUCGUACAUAGAUGAACUAUAUCCUAGAUAUGAA